UUGAAACCAAGUGAAAGAUGUGUUACGAGUUGAAGCCUCAGGGGAGUAUGCGAUUCUUCCUGUUUCUUCAAGUCUAUUUAUGUUUUAAUGUAAGGAAAUUUAAUAGAGAUAGUGGCUGAUGAGCCUUAUAAUCUAACUUUCUAGUGCGUACAAAUUUGAAGCAUCCUUGAAUAUUUCUUUCUUGAUGAAGGAUAUAGCAAGUGGGAAAUCUAUGCUCUUUGCUCCAAGGUUACCGGCUAACUAUGCUGUUUGGAUGGGAGAAAUAAAAUCAAUUCCUCAUUUUCAGGAAAAGUACAAGGUUACCCAUGUCUUCUAUACUGAUGAGAUUAAGGAAGUUUUGUUUGAUCAGUACCAAGCGACGGGAAGACCAUUACUAUUUCUCUUGCAUGGGCUUAAUACUGAUUGCAACAAGUAUUCUAAACCAGCAGAAUUUCAGGGUAUUGAGAAGUUCCAGAAAGAUUUAAACACAUUGCACCCCAUCCUAACUGAAUGUCGUGUUAUAAAGUCUGACUUAGAGCUUGCUCUUAUUCAAUAUGCCAAUGACAUAAGCUCCGAAGCUCAUGUCGAGGUUAUGAGGAAAACAAAGGUAGGGAUGAAAGAAUAUCACUUAGAAAGCAUGUUUCUUCACCACACUUACAUGUAUGGCGGCUGAAGGCAUUGUUCAUACACAUGUAUAUGUGCUACUGGCGAUACUAGUGCAGUACUCCAUUAUGGUCAUGCAGCAGCUCUAAAUGACAAGACACUGCAAGAGGGAGAUAUGGCACUUCUAGAUAUGGGAGCGGAAUACCACUUUUAUGGGUCUGACAUAACUUGUUCCUUUCCAGUAAAUGGGAAAUUUACUCGUGACCAGUCACUUAUAUAUAUUGCUGUCCUUGAUGCUCAUGAUGCUGUCAUUUCUGCCAUGAGGCCUGGAGUGAGCUGGGUCAAUAUGCAUAAGUACGACUUUGCUGUCCAAUUUUUGAGUUUGGAAUAAGUUAAUGAGAUCUUUUUUUUUUCUGACUAGGCAAAUCAAUAGGUGAAAUCACUAGAAGACUUAUGGCAGAACGUGGAUCACUUAGUAAACAGACGUAAAUGAUGAUAUGCUCUGCCUAAUGUCAGUUGAUUCUAUAUUUUGUUUAGGUCAUAUAAGUAAUGAAUUAUAGCUUGUUCCCUCUUAUUACAAAUUGAAUGACAUUUCUUUUUUAGGAUGUCAAGACGAUAUUCACUUUUCGAAAGUGGAAUAUCUCAUUACUUUUUACAUGCAAUCAGAAGAUCAUUUACCCCACCUUCCAAUAGCUCCAUAAACAAAUAAACUAUCAACAAAAAAUGAAAAGUCCAGAUAAACGAGAAGAGCAACUACAAUCACACAUUUGGAGUCACUUGUGAAGUUCUCUAGAGUUAACAUUCUGACUUGAUAAAUUGUUUUGUCAACGUUUUAAUAAUCUUUUAGAGUCAUGUAAAAUUCGCUAGACAUCAAAAUUACAACAGAGGGUGUAAUAAUCUACAUCCCUAACCAUAAA